CCUGACAUACCAGAGACAGCAGCAGCAGUGGCGUUGCCACCAGGCUCCCUUCUCCGUCUCCGGGUACCCUGUAGUGCUCUAGUUAGGGCAAACUGAAAAAGGAAGCUGCUGACCUGAGCUAUCCGGCCAAGGCAAAACAAGCACCGCCCGGGCUCGGAAUUGCCCGGGACCUUCUGGAGCCCCCACCUUGGAGCCGGAGGGAGGAGAAAGCGGCAGCCGCUGGAGUGCCUGAUCAGCUUUCUAGCAGGAGAACGAUCAUGGAGGUGGUGCCAGCUGAGGUGAAUAGUUUGCUUCCAGAGGAGAUAAUGGACACUGGUAUAACAUUAGUGGAUGAUGAUAGUAUUGAGGCUGUUAUUGUUUCAUCCCCAAUUCCCAUGGAGACAGAACUGGAAGAAAUUGUCAACAUAAAUUCUACUGGUGACUCUACAGCCACGCCCAUUUCCACGGAACCAAUCACAGUGUACAGUAACCACACUAACCAAGUUGCAGUGAAAACCACAAUUACUAAAGCAGAUUCUAAUACCACAGUGAAACCAGCUUUUCCAAGUGGCCUUCAGAAACUUGGUGCUCAGGCUCCUGUGACUAUAUCAGCCAAUCAGAUUAUUUUAAACAAAGUAUCACAGACAUCUGAUCUUAAACUUGGCAAUCAGACCCUUAAACCAGAUGGACAGAAGUUAAUUUUAACAACUUUGGGCAAGUCUGGUUCACCAAUUGUUUUAGCACUACCCCAGACUCAGAAAGUUACAACUCAGGCCCAGUCAGGAGAUGCAAAGUUACCACCACAACAAAUUAAAGUAGUUACCAUUGGAGGGAGGCCAGAGGUGAAACCUGCCAUUGGCGUCUCAGCAUUGACCCCAGGAAGUCAACUGAUUAAUACUACAACUCAGCCCUCUGUGGUACAGACACAACAGUUAAAAACAGUACAGGCAGUGAAAUCAGCUGUGCAGACCAUCACUGUUGGAGGCGUGAGCACAUCACAGUUUAAGACAAUUAUUCCUCUGGCAACUGCUCCCAAUGUCCAGCAGAUUCAAGUGCCUGGAAGCAAGUUUCAUUAUGUCCGACUUGUUACUGCCACAACAGCCAGUAGCUCAACCCAGCCAGUUAGUCAGAACCCCAGUACAAACACUCAGCCUCUUCAGCAAGCCAAGCCAGUGGUGGUUAAUGCAACGCCAGUGCGGAUGUCAGUUCCAAUUGUCCCAGCACAGACUACCGUCAAACAAGUUGUUCCCAAACCAAUCAAUCCAACUUCACAAAUAGUUACUACUAGCCAGCCCCAGCAACGACUUAUCAUGCCUGCCACACCACUGCCACAGAUCCAGCCCAACCUCACUAACCUUCCACCAGGCACUGUGCUGGCACCAGCUCCAGGAACAGGGAAUGUGGGUUAUGCAGUGCUUCCAGCUCAAUAUGUUACUCAGCUGCAGCAGUCUUCAUAUGUGUCUAUAGCAAGCAACUCUAAUUUUACUGGCACAUCUGGUAUCCAGACCCAGGCAAGGCUUCCAAUCAAUGGCAUAAUCUCAUCAGAGUCUGCCAGUCGGCCCAGGAAGCCCUGUAAUUGUACAAAAUCGUUGUGUUUGAAACUAUAUUGUGAUUGCUUUGCAAAUGGGGAAUUUUGUAACAACUGUAAUUGUACUAACUGUUAUAACAAUUUGGAACAUGAAAAUGAAAGACAAAAAGCAAUAAAGGCAUGUCUUGACAGAAAUCCAGAAGCCUUUAAACCUAAAAUAGGCAAAGGAAAGGAGGGGGAAUCAGAUCGACGUCACAGCAAAGGAUGUAAUUGCAAACGAUCUGGAUGUCUUAAAAACUACUGUGAAUGCUAUGAGGCAAAGAUAAUGUGUUCUUCAAAUUGCAAAUGUAUUGGUUGUAAGAAUUUUGAAGAAAGCCCAGAAAGAAAGACUUUGAUGCACUUGGCAGAUGCAGCCGAAGUAAGGGUACAACAGCAAACAGCAGCGAAGACAAAGUUAUCCUCUCAAAUUUCAGACUUGCUUACUAGGCCUACCCCAGCUCUGAAUAGUGGAGGAGGAAAAUUGCCAUUUACAUUUGUAACUAAGGAAGUAGCUGAAGCCACGUGUAAUUGCCUCCUUGCCCAGGCAGAACAGGCAGACAAGAAGGGAAAAUCAAAGGCAGCAGCUGAACGGAUGAUACUUGAGGAAUUUGGACGAUGUUUGAUGAGUGUAAUCAACUCUGCAGGAAAAGCAAAAAGUGACCCUUGUGCCAUGAAUUGCUAACUCUUGCACAGCAGACUGAUAAAUGGAACUGUACAGAAAAUUUACGUUGCCCUGGGACACUUGAUUUUCUGAAAGAUUAACAGUUACUGUAUUAUUAAUUCAGUCCUUGUUUUAAGAGACUUGAACUUAUACUAUUGAAAGAUAUUUUAAAUGAGGAAUUGGUACAUUUUAAAUCUUAGUUAAAUCUGCUUAUGCCCCAUCUAAAUUGGCCUUUUCCUUAAUGUAUUAUAGAGAAUUUUAAUUUGCUUUGGUUUCCUAAGAAUUAGAUGUUCUAUAAUUCUGAUUCUAUUGGCAAAACAUUUAUAAAUUACUAUGAUACGAUUUAUAAUGUAUGGUGUAUGACUUUGUUCUGGUAACAGCCAAGGAACAUUGAUACUUAGUUCUUUGCUAUGAAACCUACAAAAUAAGCAGGUAGAAUGUUUAUGAAACACAUCCAGUUGACAUUUUGUGAUUAGAAAAGCAUUAACUAAAAAAAAAAAAAAAAUUAGUCUUUUAAGG